AUCCAAUCCUAUAGCGGCCAGCUUUGGUCAGCCGUAGAUAUAUAGCAUACUUUUAAGCUGCAGCCAAGUCAAAGAAAGUGAUGGCACUAAAAAAGUGUUGCUUUCAUUUAUGCGGAGACUUUAUUUGUUGCAACAAAUAAAAUAAGAUAUUCUUAAGCUGCCAAUUUCAUCCAGAAAAUUUCUUGCUUGGAUAUUACUGAAUUCAAUUGGCUUUAUUUGAAUAUUAAUAUCAUUAAAUCUUUAAAUUCUUAGACAGCGAACCCACGGUUUAUAUUGCAAAUUUUCCAUUUAAUUUUUAACCGUCCCUGGUUUAAUACUCUGAUAUGGAGCAACAUAUAUUUCUUGAUUAUUCCCAGAGGAAUAAAGAUGCCCGUAGGCAAUUGGAAGUCUUCAGUCAAUUCUAGAAAUCUGUGGAGCCAAGAUCAAUCUCUCGUAUCAGUUUAGCAGCUAUAAAAGCAAGAAGCCUUAUCUCCCUUGGGUUUUUUCGAUCAAGCGAAAGUAUGAAGUCGUUCAUCGUUCUAGUGGCAUUAGCCUUCGCCACUCCCGCAUUCAAUCGCAUCAUGAACCGCUGCUCCUUGGCUCGGGAAAUGGACGAUCUGGAUGUUCCCCGUGAUCAGUUGGACAAGUGGACUUGCAUAGCCAACUCAUCAUCGUUCUACAAUACCAAUUAUAGGAAAAAAACGGACUACGGAAUCUUCCACAUAUCUGAAAUAUAUUGGUGCAGAAAUCAAACUGGUGGAAAAUCGGACAACCUUUGCAGCGUUAAUUGUGAGGAGUUGUUGACCGACGAUAUCACCAAGUCCGUGAGAUGUGCCCAGAAGAUCCUCGAAAUUCAGGGAUGGUCCGCCUGGUUUCCCUGGGCCGGCUGCAAUCUCUCUCUGCCAACCAUAGAUGAUUGCUUUUAGGGCUUGAGAUAUAUAAGUUCCAAUAAAGAUAUUUGGUUCAAGGCUCCAAAAAAAUUUAAUUAUUCCCUUCGGCACUUUAGUCUUUAAUAGGAGAAUAUUUGUCCAUAAAAUUGGGAUGCUAAAAAACAAAAAAAUUACAAAUCCCAAUAAAAAUACUUGGAUCAAUUCCCAUGAGGCAAAAAUGGGAUGCUAAAAAACAAAAAUAUACAAAUCCCUAUAAAAAUAUUUGGCCAAUUCCCUUGAGGCUUUGGCUUCCACAUUUUUCAGUAAAAACUCGAUAAUGAUGGCGCUCCGAGGAAUUGAUAAUUUCCCUCAGGAACUUUCGUCUCUUAUAAUGGAGUGUUUGCUCAUCUAAAUGGGUUCAAAAAAAAAAAAAACAAAAAAAACAAAUCACCAAUAAACAUAUUUGGAUCAAUUCUAAUGCGGCCUUGCGGGCUGCCACAUUUUUCUGUGUAAUCACCGAUUGAGGUCGAGUUCCAAGGAAUUGAAGACUCCCUCGGGCGCUUCAAUAAUUCCGAGGUGUGCAGUUGCUACUGUGGCUGUGGCUCUUAUAAAGACCCCCUCUAUAUUAU